UCUGAAAGCAUUGUAUAAAGACUGUCACUAGUACAGAAUCACCGUCAGACUCGAAGGAACGUCUGUCCACUCACCAAGGGAAGCGAGGCAACUACCGGCUAAUACUACACUACCCCUCAACGUUUAAAGCAACCUUCAACAAACAUGUCCUCAAGCCAAGGUGUGAUAUUUGUUCUGGCUGGAUUUGCUCUUCUCGCAUUGGUCAACGCAGAGGCUUUGGACGAUAACACAGCAGCAAGUCUAUACAAGCUACUACAACCAGCCUAUGAAUCCUCGGCUCCAGAGAAGCGGGAGAGUGACCUGAACAUUGCUUUCGAUGCCCCACCCGAUCCAAACUGGACCGCAGGCCCAUCAACCUACGGCUUCGGGUCCCUACUGAGAAGGGCACCCGCAGGCUACAGGAGGAACCUGAUCGAAGACAAGCGUUUUGGAUACGUUGGCAGCAGGGGCAAGAGGACGCAACUGGGAUUCGGAUACGUUGGAAGCAGAGGAAAACGCACUAAUCACGCCGCCGCCUUUGUUACGUUAAGAGAUCUUUUGGAUAUGUACGAAGACCGAGCUAGAGCAUUACCCUUCCGAUCAGCUGAUCUCAACAGCCUCAGCCAAGAUUCCACUUUGCUCAACAGUAAACGACAGCCACACUUCGGAUUCCACGGUGUAAGAGGUUGAACAUACCCACGCCUAGUGUGAGUGGAACUUUGAUGCUGAAACUGACAACAUACCUGUAAAUGGAAUGCAGUGUUUUGACUGAACGCGGAAUUACAAGUGGAACUGCUUUACCACACACGGGAUAUUACCAUACAACAGAGGACACGUGACAAAAAAAUGAACAAUUUUUUCAGGAUUCGUCACAAGAUAAACAGUCUCUUGAGUGACAUUCAUUACAAUACGAAACAUAGGACCGUCAACCGUACACACCUUCUAAGGUUACUCUCAUUUACUGUAAAUAAACAUCCGUGAAAGAAAUGUUUUGUUGGUGCAUCACGUGAAAUGAGGCAUAUGGCACGUGGCAAACAAGCACUUCCGUCCGGGGAUACCGACAAAUUCCUUCAGCUAACUGAUAAGAAAGAACUAUCUCGCUCUGCGUGUGUCCACCUGGGAGAGAGAGCCACUUUACCAAGGAACUCAACUUUAUGAAGUGUGAUAUUUGAGAAUAGACAUUGUACAGAGAUUAUAAUGUUCAUUUCCUUUUGCAUUCCUCGUUUGUAUCACAAUGUAGGUUGUCUGAUAGAGAUUGUCCAUUAUAUCAAUCCAGAGUUAUACGUUUCCCUAUUUUCAUAAUGAUUUGUUUGUUAUUUCGUUUGCUUGUUAGAAUUCUUUUUGUAUGAAAAUAUCAGAAGCAUUGGAAAUGUUGUUUUUUUGUUUAUUUAUUUAAUGCCAGAUUCAUGAAUACACACCGUCAGAUCCUGCCUUGAAACGUAACGCAUGAAUAGUUCAUAUGACACAUAAAAGAUUUGAAAUUGCGAAUCAUAUUUCGAUUCCUACUUGUUUCUCAGAUACCCCUUAAACAACGUUUCUGGCGGUGUGCAUUCUGUUGAGAGCUACGGAUGAUUCUAUGCUUGUACAUUUCACUACAUAUCUCGUGAUAUAUCCGUUUUCUCCUAUUUUUGUCUCUGCAAAUAGAAAAUAUUUUAAAAUAAAUUUGUCUUCAAAACUAAUCGUCCGUGCUCCUCUGUGGUAAAUAAAAAUCUAAGAGUUGCA